UGGCAGAAGGUAAGUGGUUUUCUCGCAACACCCCAAGCCACUAUACGCAACCUUGAAGAGGGUAGAGAAUACGAGUUUCGCGUCAUGGCUGAAAAUACACUUGGAAUUGGCGAACCCCUCAUGACGACUUCAGCCAUUAAACCCAAGCAUCCAUUUGAUCCACCGAGUGGGAUGAAAAAGCCAGAGGUUGAAGAUACUACCGACGAUUCAGUUACUCUUUCCUGGGAUCCGCCGAGCAAAGGGCCUGUCACUGGGUAUAUAGUAGAAAAGAAAAAGAAGGGUGAAAAGGGCUGGACCAAGUAA